AGGCAGAUGCCAGAUAUACCACUGAGGUACAUUCAUUUUGAUGUCUCCAGUGAAGAAUCAUAUUCCCUUGAUUCAGUGGGAAAACAUGGCUUUGCCAUGGAGAUCGGCCCCCAGCCCCACGGUGUGGUGAGGUCAAACAUCUACACGGCAAUGAAAGUUGGCGUGCAGCACGUGCUCGAUUGGGUCCGUUUCUUCAACUCAGGUACUAUUUUUGAAGGAGGAUUUGUGGAUGUGUUCACCAUGAUUAAACACAUCGACUACCCAAGAGACCGUGAGACUCGCAACAUCACAGCAGCCAUUCAUCCUCAGCUCCAG